CAAUUUCGUGGCUUAGUUUAGAAACUGCUGGGGCAUUUUUGUAAACUCACAUUUUAUCUCCUCUUCCUACAUAAACCCAGUCUCCCCAUCCUUGCCUCAACAACGCUUAUUUCGCAUUAUUAGUUUCUUGGGUUUCAGCAACAUUUUUUUUCUCUUAUAUUCUCAUCAUUCUAAAGAAUCCAAAGCUCUUAGAAUAGAGAGAGAGAGAAAGAGUAAGAAAGCAAGAACAAGAGAGUUUCUUCAGCCAUUGAUGGCCAGCCGUGUUCCCCGAGGAAACCUUUCGAAAAGCCUACGUCACUUCACCAGGCCUCUAAACUCGGCGGCCUCGUCCUCGGCCUUCUCGUCUCCGGCCGUCCCGCCGCUUAAUUUCGCCGAGAAAUCUGAUACGUCCGUCGUAGAGGAAUUCCAAACUGGAGGCCCCGGGGUGUUUGACGUGUACAACACUCAGAAACUGUUCUCUUCAAUUCCGACGACGAGGCUGCUGAGGGCGUCGGCAAACAUCCACGUCGCGGCGAUCGAAUCUGUGGUAGACUUGGGAAUGUGGCUGAUGAAAUCUAAGCUGAUGGAGACGGAGUUGGUAAGGAACGUCGUUAUGGAAACCAUACGUCACACGUUUUUUGAGCAUUUUUGCGCCGGUGAGGACACGGCCGCCGCCGGCCAAACCAUCUUGAAGCUUCGCGAAGCUGGUCUAAGAGGUAUGCUGGUGUACGCAUUGGAGUACGCCACCGAUAACGAGUCAUGCGAUCGUAAUCUUGAAGGCUUUCUUCGCACCGUUGAAUCAACCAAGUCUCUUCCUCCUUCCUCUGCGAGUUUCAUCAUUGUGAAAAUCUCGGCAAUUUGUCCCAUGGCUGUGCUUGAGAGAGCCAGUGACUUGCUUAGAUGGCAUCACAAGGACCCUUCGUUUAAUCUCCCAUGGAAGCUCGACAGCUUGCCCAUUUUUGCAGACUCCAGCCCAAUGUACCACACCCUUAAAAAACCAGAACCAUUAACCCUAGAAGAAGAGAGAGACCUCCACUUAGGCUACGAGAGACUCCUCAAACUGUGUCAAAAAUGCACCGAGGCCAAUGUCCCUCUCUCGGUUGAUGCCGAACACACUUCAGUUCAGCCCAUCCUUGAUUAUUUAACGUACGCUUCAGCUGUUGUGUACAAUAAAAAUGACAGACCGAUUGUGUAUGGAACGAUCCAAGCUUACCUCAAGGACGCAAAAGAUAGGUUGCUUCUGGCUGCCAAGGCCGCCGAGGAUAUGGGCAUCCAAAUGGGGUUCAAAGUUGUGAGAGGAGCUUAUAUGUCCACCGAGACCAAGAUAGCUUCUUCUUUGGGCUAUGAAUCUCCCAUUCACAACAAUAUUCAAGACACUCAUGACUGCUACAACGACUGCGCUUCCUUCAUGCUCGAAAAAAUCGCUAAUGGGUCUUGCGCUUUGGUUCUUGCAAGUCAUAAUGUUGAGUCAGGGAGACUGGCCGCGGCGAAAGCUCAUGAUUUGGGGAUUGGAAAAUUGAACCAUAGGCUUGAAUUUGCACAGCUUUAUGGGAUGGCAGAGUCGUUAUCGUUUGGUUUACGAAAUGCAGGGUUUCAAGUAAGCAAGUAUAUGCCGUUUGGGCCUAUAGAUAUGGUGAUGCCUUAUCUUUUGCGAAGGGCCGAAGAGAAUAGGGGUCUUUUGUCUGCUUCCUCUCUUGACAGGCACCUCAUGAGGACUGAAUUGAAGAGGAGACUAAAAGCAGCCAUCGUGGGAGCCUAGGACGCACCUCAACGGAGCUCGUUUGAAUCGCUCACAGUACCAAACCAAUAUGUACAUAUAGGAUAAAUAGUGUUGGUGGUGUUUUAAGUAGUAGUACUACUUUAAUCAUGUCGGUUAGGGAAAGGCUACUUCCAUUUUGUUUUUGUGUAACCUAAAUCUUCCAAAGUUUAGUAAUAAUAAUAAAAGUAAACUAUGUUAUUUAUGGUC